UCGACUUAUCGAGAUGGUUCUUGCUCCAGCCAUAAUGGAUGGUUUAACGCCCGAAAUGGAAAAAAUAGCAGAAAUGGAACUUGGUGAAACACCUCAAAUUAAGAAGGAAUCCUUGGAAAAACUCAAGAAACUUAUAGAACAAGAGCCUGAUUUCUAUCCAUUUAUGGAUGACAAGUUCCUGUUAAUGUUUCUCAGGUGCAAGAAGCAUGAUGUCCACAAGGCUUUCAAGGCAUUGCGACGUUAUUAUCUCUUCAAAGAGAAGUACUCAAGAGUUUAUACAGAUUUCUUACCUUCAGAACUUAAACACGUCAUGGAUGUGAACUGCUACGCAAAUAUGCAUUUUAGAGAUGGUGAUGGUCGGCUUGUGGCCAUUUUCCGUGUAGGUCAUUGCAGACGGAAUGGAGUCUCUGCUGAAGACAUAUUUGCUGCAGUUAUGACAGCAGGAUUACUUUCUUGCCGUCUCAAAGCAUCUUCAGUAUGCGGAUGUGUGCUCAUCUAUGACCUGAAAGAUUUAUCCUUGGAGGAUAUUUAUCGGCUUGCAUCUCCAAAAUUUAUUACUUUCGUGCUUUACGGAGUGCAAGAUUGUUUGCCUUUUCGUUUAAGGAGUAUACACAUAGUAAACGAAACAGCCCUUUUCGGCACCUUUUAUAAUAUGAUAAAAUUUGCUGUACCAAAGAAGCUGAAAGAAAGAAUUAUGAUGCCAUGAAAACAUUAAGGGUGAUAAAAUGCAAUAUUUGCCAGGACUGGUUGCAAAGUAUUCAUUCAGUAGAUACAGCAGAUGAUAUUUUUGGUUUUCUUAAAGAAUUAGAUAGGGGGGAAAGUAAAAAUUUUCCAUCUCAAGUUACUCUAUAUGUACAAUUAAAGUCUUCAUUUGUAUAUUUCUUAUUUGGUGAAAUUCUUAAAAACAGGGAAGAUACAUUUCUUAUGCCAGGAAAGCAAAUGGAUAUUUUAUAUGAGUUAUCUUGCGUACAGUUAGUACAGCAUACAGUUACUUUAAUUAAAAGAUUCUUGCACUAGAACCAUAUCUACGGCAACUCAAAAUGAUAACAUACAAUAAAGCCAGAGUUUUAUAUAAAAGAAAAACUAAAGAGGCCAAGUUAAUCUCAUGGAGAACUUACUGUAGUAAUGUCACUAAAGCCUUUGGACCUACUCAAAAGAUAACAUAUAACAAGGUGUUUCGUCCUACGACCCUUUCGUCUAUGGUGAGUAGCAUUGCCUCAUCCA